GCGGCGGCGGGGCUGGACCGGACCGAGCCCAGCUGAGCCGAGCCUAGCUGGGCUGAGAGGGGCCGAGCCGAGCCAAGCCAAGCGGAGCUGAGCUGAGCUGAGCCGAUCCGAUCCAAUUCAAGCUGAGCUGAGCCGAUCCGAUCCAAGCUGAACUGAGCUGAGCCGAUUCGAUCCAAGCGGAGCUGAGCCGAGCCGAGCUGAGCCGAGCCGCCCCGGACCCUCCCGCCGCCCGCCCGGCUGUUGACAAGCGGCGGCGGGAGUCAGCGCGCUCGUCCCCAUGUGGCGGACGCUGGCCCUCGCCUCCGCCUUCUUCCCGGGGCUCUUCGUCCUCUGCAUCCGGUUGCUGCGCUGGGCCGCCCCAGGAUGGAGCCUCAAGGACCGCAUCCUGCUCAGCGGCAGGCUGGUGUCAACGGUCCAAGCCACGAUGGCCACGGUGUCGGGGAUCACGGUUAUCCUCAGCUGCAAGAACGUGGUGUACGACAGGCACUGGCUGGCCGUGGAGUACAUCUGGGUCCUUGUUCCCUACAUGACUUAUGACAUCUAUGUCAUGUACCUCUGCCACUGGCACAAGAGCCUGGAAAAGGGAAUCGCAGAGAAGAAGCACUCGCUGGCCAGCGUGUGGAGCUUCCUCCUGCAGGAGCGGCUGAUGGUGACCCACCACCUCUUCAUCCUCAUCGUGCUCACCCCCAUCACCCAGCACUUCAGGGGAGAGCUGGGGGACUUCUUCGUGGGCUGCAUCUUCACAGCAGAGCUGAGCACGCCUUUUGUAUCCCUGGGCAAAAUCCUCAUGCAGCUCAAAAUGCAGGACACGCUCCUGCACAAGGUGAACGGGAUCCUCAUCCUGGUGACCUUCUUCCUCUGCCGCAUCCUCCUCUUCCCCUUCAUGUACGCGGCCUACGGGCGGCAGGUGGGGAUGCCCGUGUACAUGGUGCCUUUCCGCAUCCCGCUGCACUGCAACAUCGCCAACGCCUCCCUCAUCGCCCCCCAGAUCUACUGGUUCAGGCUCAUCUGCCGCAAAGCCGCCCGUCUCUACGGCCGCCCGCCCGCCGACCGGAGCAGAUAACGGCCAGCCCUGCCAGCCCAGCCGGGGGCUGCAACGGGGUCGGCCCCCCCGGGGGCUGAACAGGGUCAGCCCCCCCGGCUCUCCCGCCGUCACUGCAGGGACCAGAGCGGGAGCAGGGAUAGUGCCGGGCUGUCCCAGCUGGAAGCAGCCUCACGUCUCCACCGCCGUGCCAGGCAGCGCCAGCCUGGGCUAGGAAGGCUUUCCUCCCACACCGCUCCAGCGCCUUGUGUCCACCCGCCCGUGGGAGCCCGGGGUGGGAGCUGGAUCGUAAGCACAACAUUCCAUUCUGGGGUUCAACGCCGUGGCACGGAACUGACGGUUACACGAGAGGGGUUUGUUACAACCCCCCCCCCGCUGCAUGUUCCAGGGCUGACACCAGACACCGGCAUGGUGGUGUGGAGGAGCCUGCAGACAGAGGAGGGGAUCCUGCAGCAUCCAGCCCUUACAGCAGAACGGACGGGGAUGGGGAGCUGUGUGCCCAACCUGCCGCAGCCCCAGCUCACUCUUCCAGCUCCAGCUCAGCCUCCAGCCGAGAGCAGAGCCAGGCCUGGAGCUGCAGCACAGUUCUGCAGAGCUGCUCCUGACCUUUACCGACUUCACCUCUACACUACAGCCCUGUUCAGCCUCUGACCUUCCACGUGCACCUCCUGCUGCUGCUGCUGGGCUCAGGCUCACUUAAAUCUCCACUUAACCCGAA